GCGUCUCAUCGAUUGCACUCUUUAUCGUAAGCUGCUGCAAAUAUUUAAAAAUUUCAACAUUACGAAAAACGGAGUAGUAAGAUCUCGAAAAUAGAGCGUUAAUCAUGUGUAGUUUCUAACCUUCAAAAUAAAGAUUAUGUUAUGUAUUGCAAUUGAGGAAGUAAAGACUGCAACAGAAAAGCAUACUUAUUGAAUUUUCAUAAAUGCAGAAUGCUUUUGUGAACUCGAGUCGAAACAUGUUUCGAACAAAAACGAACCAACUAAAUUGUCUGCAACGACGCAUAUUACGAAAUGACGAAAUCUUUGAAAGAUGUAUCAAUCAGAAUCAACUACACAGAUUAAUUGGAUCUUUGCCCCAUAAUACUUUGCGACAAAUAAAAAAAGAAUGCAAAGCUGUGCAAUCAAUGUUCUUACGCAGUGGAAUCAACACAAGCAAUCUGCCAAAAAUAUACCAUAGGUUUCUGAGUACUACUUCAACUAGAUUCAAUCAGAAUGUUAAUCCUAACGAUCCAAAUCAAGAUAAAGACAAGAAAAAGCAGGAUAGAGAAAAACUAAAAACUUACGUUAUAAAAUUAAGUGUUCUUACAAUGGUGACUUACAUGAUUAUGAUUUAUUUACUUGGUCUUUAUUUUGGUCAAGCUUUUAAUAGAGAAAAUUCAGAUAGUAUCUCCAGAUUUGUUGGAUGGAAUGAAUUUGUAUAUCAAAUGUUAGCGAAAGGAGAAGUCAAAGAAUUAAUUGUCAGACCAGAUUUAGAUACGGUGACUAUUAUAUUGCAUGAUGGUGCUGUAGUUAAAGGACGAAAAAGUGUACAUAGAGUAUAUCAAAUGAAAUUACCUAAUAUCACAAAAUUGGAAGAAAAAGUACGUGAGGCAGAAACAUCUUUAGGCAUAAAGCCUGAAAUGGGUAUUCCAAUUAUCUAUGAAAGAUCAGAUGCAACAUUACUACAGUUGUUAUUAACAACUAUGCUUGUAUUAGGAUUCUUCACUUUGAUUUAUCGAGCAUCUGGCUUCAAAGGAAUGACUACUAACAUGUUCUCUCAAAUGACUCGAGCUAAAUUCACAUUAGUUGAUCCUCUGACAGGAAUUGGCAAAGGAGUUCGAUUUUCAGAUGUAGCUGGCUUACACGAGGCUAAAACUGAGGUAAUGGAAUUUGUUGAUUACCUCAAGAACCCUGAUAGGUACAAAACAUUAGGAGCCAAAGUUCCACGAGGUGCCUUAUUAUUGGGUCCGCCAGGAUGUGGAAAAACUCUUCUUGCUAAAGCUGUUGCAACAGAAGCAAAUGUUCCAUUUUUAUCAAUGAAUGGCUCCGAAUUUAUUGAAAUGAUUGGCGGACUUGGUGCCGCUCGAGUUCGAGAUCUCUUCAAAGAGGGCAAAAAACGAGCUCCAAGUAUAAUCUACAUCGACGAAAUCGAUGCCAUAGGUAAAAAGCGUUCGGAGUCCAGCAGCGCGACUAAUACAAAUAGCGAGGGCGAACAAACGUUGAAUCAACUUCUAACUGAAAUGGACGGUAUGGUAUCCAAUCAUGAAGUCAUUGUUUUGGCCUCAACUAAUAGAGCUGAAGUUUUGGACAAAGCUCUCUUACGACCUGGUAGAUUUGACAGACACAUCCUCAUUGAUCUCCCAAAUUUAAUCGAAAGAAAACAAAUCUUUGAAACACAUCUCAAAGGAAUUGUUUUGGAGCAAAAGCCACCAUUCUACUCUCAUAGACUAGCUUACUUGACUCCUGGUUUCAGUGGAGCUGAUAUCGCAAACGUGUGUAAUGAGGCCGCAUUGCACGCAGCUCGAGUAAAGAAGAAGAAGAUUGACGGAACUGAUCUAUUAUAUGCAGUUGACCGUGUAAUUGCGGGUAUAGAAAAACGCGACAAUACGAUCACACCAUCAGAGAAACUAGUAGUGGCCUAUCACGAAGCUGGCCAUGCACUGGUCGGUUGGUUAUUGGAACACACAGAUGCAUUACUCAAAGUAACUAUUGUACCUCGAACGAAUCGAGCACUUGGUUUUUCACAAUUCACCGUGAGUGAUCAGAAGUUAUAUACCAAGGAACAAUUGUUUGAAAGAAUGUGCAUGACUCUGGGUGGAAGGGUUGCAGAAAGUAUUACAUUUAAUAAAAUAACUACUGGAGCGCAAAAUGAUUUGGAAAAGAUUACGAAAAUUGCUUAUGCUCAGGUGCAACAGUAUGGCAUGGAUGAAGUUGUUGGUCCAUUGUCCUUCCAACCGGAACAAAUUGAUACGACAACCAGAAAACCAUACAGCAAGAAAUUAGCCAGCUUGAUGGAUCAAGAAGCCAGGAUAAUCAUUGCAAAAGUAUACAAGAAAACUGAGCAAUUGCUACUUGAAAACCAAGACAAAUUGAAACUGAUUGCAGAGGCACUCUUGAAAAAAGAAACACUCACGUACGAAGAAGUAGAGCAACUUAUUGGACCACCGCCAUUCGGAAAAAAGAAACUAAUUGAACCUGCUGAUUUUGAAAAUUCAACACCAAUACCUGAAUCACCAGAAUUGGGAACUCCUCCACCUCAGCCAGCACCAACAUAA